CGGAGUUUUGUCUCGCUUCUUCCUACGAUGCCGGCGGACACUUUGGAGAAGCCGAGGGCCUCUCCCCUGGCUGGAGCACCGGCCAGCGCCAGCCAGACCCCGGACAAACCCAAGAGCGCCAGUGAGCACCGCAAGUCGUCCAAGCCCAUCAUGGAGAAGCGGCGGCGGGCUCGGAUCAAUGAGAGUUUGGGUCAGCUCAAGACGCUCAUCCUGGACGCACUAAAGAAAGAUAGCUCCCGCCACUCCAAGCUCGAAAAGGCCGACAUCCUGGAGAUGACCGUCAAGCAUCUGCGGAGCCUGCAGAGGGUCCAGGUGACAGCUGCCCUCAGCGGUGACCCCAGCGUCCUGGGCAAAUACCGGGCCGGCUUCAACGAAUGCAUGAACGAGGUGACCCGCUUCUUGUCCUCCUGUGACGGGGUCACUUCGGACGUGCGCUCCCGCCUCCUCAGCCACCUCGCCGCCUGCCUUAACCAGCUGGGACCCGUGCGCUACUCCCCACCCGGAGUCGUCCAGCCCCCACAUCUGGCUCAGCCGCUGCACGUCCAGCUGCCCGGGGCCCCGACUGCCGCCUCCGCCGCCCAGUGCAAGCUGAGCCCGGCCGGAGCCCUGUCGCCCAAAGUGUACGGCGGCUUCCACCUGGUGCCCGCCCCCGACGGCCAGGCUGUGGCUUUUCUCAUCCCCAACCCCGCCUUCGGGCCUGGCCCGGGCUCUCUGCUCCCCACCUAUCCCAGCGCCGCCGCAGCCGGAGGGGGACCAGCCUCCGGGGGGGCCCUGGCAGGCGCCCCGCCUCCCCCCGCAGGGGCCGGCAGCGCUACGGGCUCCCCGGUGCACGGCCUCACCUCCCUGGCGGGCAGCGGGCCGCGGGCGGGCAGUCCCGCGGAGGACAGAUGCGAACCGGUCUGGAGGCCGUGGUGAGCGGGACCGGACUUGGCUGCGGUGCCCUUCCCGAAGAGGAAGAAGGGGAGGGAGGGAGCCUCCCUUACAAUUUAGUUCCGUUUUAUGGGACGCCCGAGUGUUUCAGGCAGACGAGCCUUAUUUAUUUCCACAGGCUGGAUCCCCGCGUCCAAGCGGGUCUUGUUGGUAGCGCUGAUGGUUUUUACAUAAAAAAUACCUUCUUGAAAA